AGGCGUGCGAAUGGGAGUAGGCGCGCGAGUGGGCGCGCCGCCGGCACGGCAAGCGCGCUCUUCAGUGUUCUGGCUGAGCUUCGAGCGAGCGCGUGCGAGCCCAGUGCUCAUCGUGUAGAUCCUCCUUACCUAGACUUGAAAGGAUACUAGCAUAGGACUAUUUACAAAGACUUUGAAAAAUUGUGGGCAGUUAUUGAGUGGACUUUCGGUUGGUGGUCUGGUUGGAAGAAGUUUGGGAGGUGGCUCGACCAUGUUGAUAUCGGCGGGCAGCGGCCCCACGCCCGAGUUUUCCCCUGCAUCGUGCUGCGCUUCUUGGAAAAUGGAGCCGGCGCCCCCUGCAGCUGCUGCAAUGUCACAGAGCCUUAAUCUGUCACCAAAUGUGCCUGUAUCGCCGUCAUCGUCCGGGGGCGGUGCUGGCGGCGGCAGCGGCACCCCCCUCUACCCCGGCGCGGCGUCACACCCACUCUCAUCCCUGCUAUCACAACAAAGGCUGCUGGAGCUCUCCCGGUUUGGCCUGAGGCACUACGACAUCGCCCACCACGUGCUAUCUCAGCAAGGUGCUGUUACCAAACUGCUUGGUACCCUUCGACCUCCGGGUCUGAUCGGAGGAAGCAAGCCUAAAGUUGCAACCCCUGCGGUUGUUUCCAAGAUAGAGCAAUACAAGCGAGAAAACCCGACGAUCUUCGCAUGGGAGAUCCGCGAGCGACUCAUCUCAGAAGGUGUAUGUACAAACGCGACAGCACCAAGCGUGUCAUCCAUCAACAGGAUCCUACGGAACAGGGCGGCUGAACGGGCGGCUGCGGAGUUUGCCAGGGCGGCGGGCUACGGGCUGUACGCCGCGCCGCCGCCCUACGGGGCCUUCCCGUGGGCGGGCGGCGGCGGGGUCUGGCCUCCGGGGACCCUGCCCUUACCGCCCGGGGUCCCGCCGACCUCGGGAGUUCCUCACCCCGAUGCGGUACAACAAGGAUUCUUGUCAUCUGGUCGAGGACUUAUUGAUGUCGACGGAGACGACUCUGGGUCUCUCGACGGUGAACAACCAAAGUUUAGAAGAAAUCGCACGACCUUUAGUCCAGAUCAAUUGGAAGAGUUAGAAAAAGAAUUCGAAAAAUCUCACUAUCCGUGUGUGUCGACACGAGAAAGGCUCGCCUCUAAAACAUCUCUAUCGGAAGCGCGCGUACAGGUUUGGUUUUCCAACAGACGAGCCAAGUGGAGACGCCACCAGCGCAUGAACCUCCUGAAGCGCGGUGGCGGCUCGCCCCCGCACCGCCUCCCCCACUCCCCCUCCCGCUCCCGUUCACGUUCUUUAUCCCCCGCGCGCGUCCCAUACCACACUCCUCAGAUGGGCGGCGAAAAUAGUGCCUUUAAAGCACUAUCGCAUCAAGACACGAAUGCGCUGAAAGCCCUGUCGCAUCAAGCUCAGUUCGAUAGCAAUGCCCUGAAGGCCUUAUCCCAGCAAACCUUUGACGGUGGUGCGUUCAAAUCUCACCCGGCGCUUGAAAAUAGCGCGUUCAAAGCGCUCGUCCCGCACUCGGCUGCGGCGGCGUUGUUGGCGGCUCAGUCCAUACAGCUUGCUCGCGGCUGCGACUCGCACUCAGACUCCGACGAGGAGAUCAACGUGCACGAUGAGAGCGACGAUGAGAGCGACAGACAGAGGAGCAAAGCUAGAUCGCUGUCGGCCAGCCCCAGCGACCGCCGGCAGCCCGUCAGCGACUUGCCUUUACAACUCACAAAACACGACCGUUGAUUUAGAGCCAUUAUUAUUUAUUUAUUUACAUAAAGUAUUAUAAUAAUUCCUUUUGGAUGUCCAUGUUCCGAAUAAUUAUGUAAAUGAAAUCCUAGAGUGCUAAUACUCCAGUUUGUUUGUAAAUUAAUGUAAAUACUUAGAUGUUAAGUUGUUAAUUAAUACGGAGAAGAUGAACGACUAAUAAAUUUUAUUAUGCACAAACAGUUAUGCUUUAUUUAUAAAAUAUAGCGAAAUGUAAAUCCAUAAAUAUGCCUAAGUUAUUAGGAAACUAUCUAAAUGAGUCAUUCAUUUCAUAUUUUUAUUUACGCAGAAAAGAAUAAUAAUAUCUCUUUUGAAUAAUCAAUACGUUUUAUAAUGAAGAGAAAGCAUACACUUUGUUGUGAAAUUCGAUAAAGUACCUUAUUAGUUCAAUUAAUAAUAUUUUAGGAAAAUACCAAAGUAUUAUUUUCAUAUAUAAAGCACGGUUUUAGGGAAUAAAAUAAUUCUUAUCCUAAUGCAUAUUGAAAAUUGUGUAAAUGUUUUUCAAAUAAUUACUCGCAUGACUUGAAUGAAUAUGUGUAAUAAUAUGUUAAUAAUGAAGAACAGUAUUGAUACCAACAAGUAAACAAAUGUUGUAAUUAGAUGUAAUUGUAAUUUUAUGUAAAUACCUACUGUUAUGGUCUCCUGCACUGCGUACUAUUUAUUGCUUAGUUUUAAUUUUAUUGUAAAUUUCAGUAGAGAAAUUACAUUCGUACCUACGUAUGACAAAAUGUCCAAUUAA